CCAUCAGUCCAUCAGAGGGUUAAAGACAGACACAAUAGAAGACGAGGCAGGUAGCACACGUUGGAUAAGUAUUCUUCUCUACGAGACAGCUCGGAAGAUAUUACACCAUGGGUGAAUGGCAGCAUGGGUUGUGUGGAUGUUUCGAUAAUUUCGGUAUCUGUAUCAUCACCUACUUUGUGCCUUGUGUGACGGCGGGCAGGAACGCUGAAGCUGUGGGGGAGAACUGUUGUCUUUACGGCUUUCUCUCCAUGACGUGCGUGGGACUAUGGUCAAUGACGAUGGUCAGAGGGAAGAUCAGACAGGCGAAAGGCAUUGAAGGCAGCUGCAUUGGAGACUGUAUACUGAUCAUGUUCUGUACGCUGUGUACUUUAGUACAGGAAGGCCAGGAAGUGGAAGGCAUGACUCAACAAUCUAUCGCAAGAGAGUAGGAUCGCCUGUGACCUCUGACCUCUCGCAGCAUGCACUUCCGUCCGUAUUGCAACCGCUGAGUACCAUGCACUGUAAUGCAUACUGGGAAUUGGGUCAUACUGACUCUACCAGGAUACACAUCAUUCGAACGUUUUGUAAACCUUUUUUAACAAUUACAUUGAAUGUGUACUUGGACGAAUGUAAAACACGUAUUAUAAUAUUUUCAAUAAAAUUCCGACGUAUGUCUUUCUAAGAAAUAAUGGCUUCAUAUUUCUAUGUGCAUAACCGUUCCUGUCUUGCCCACGCUAUUUUCUUAUGAAAUUAAAACUCGUUUACUCGAAGUACUUGUGACUAUCGAAAACACACAUCGAGUGCAUCGUUCGUGGCAAACGGGCGUCAUACUAAACAAUUGUAACAUUACUUCAUCCAUAGAGUCACGGUCCAAGGUCAGUUUGGGCAUGUAUAGACAUAAUACACGUUCACCACAAUGGCACUCCACCUAAAUACAUAUUUACAUAGAGUGGUCCUAACACGAAUGUCUUGCUUAGUUUUCAACGGAAGCGCAUCGAUAAAACUGUACAGGAAAAAUAACUGGAUAUGUGUGUGUGCCCUAUUUAUCUCUCCAUCAGCUGUAAAGUCAUAUUCUGCAUCCUCUGUGUUUUCCUCUCAUCAUCAAACAAUAAAAGUCGAAACAGCGUA